UUGAAAGGAGCUAUACAGAGCCUGUCUGAUGAGAUCAAACCUAAUGCCCCACCUGUAUCAGCUAGUCCUAGUUAUAGGAAGAGCCUUGCACUUAGCUUGUUUUAUAAGUUUUAUCUUCAAGCUCUUGGUAUUUCUAAUGUUAAUCCACUCUACCAGUCAGCAGCUAUGCCUUAUGUGCGUCCAGUGUCCCAAGGUACCCAGUCAUACAGUACUGAUCCCAGCAAGUAUCCUGUUAAUGAGCCUCUGCCUAAACUGACUGCUACUUUACAGGCUUCAGGUGAGGCAGAAUAUACUACCGACAUUCCACAUCGCCCUGAAGAACUGGCUGCAGCAUUUGUACUAACUACUCAAGGCAAUGCAAAAAUUUUGUCAAUGGACACUACAGCAGCAAUGUCAAUGGAAGGAGCUGUAGCAAUUGUUUCUGCUAAGGACAUUCCAAAGAAUGGAAAUAAUGAUUUCAUGCAUGCCUUAGGUGGUUACCCUGAAUUGGUAUUUGCUACUGAUGUAUCAGAUUAUGCUGGUCAAGCAGUUGGACUAGCACUGGCUGAUACUCAAGAACAUGCACUGAAAAUGGCCAAAGCUGUAACUCUUACUUACCAGAGUCUAGGGAAACAGAUACUCACCAUACAAGAUGCUAUUGAUGCCAAAUCUUUCUAUGACGAGCAACCUAAUGUAACUGUUGGAGAUGCUGAUGGUGCUAUCAAAGGGUCGGAUCAUGUUGUUACUGGUGACAUUUCAUGUGAAACACAGUAUCAUUUUACAAUGGAGACUCAAACCUCAUUUGUAAUCCCAGAAGAUGAUGGUUAUACAGUGUAUAGUUCAAGCCAGUGGGCAUGGUUUGCACAGCUUGCUGUUGCUAGUGUGCUUGGUAUACCAGACAACAAAGUUACAGUAAUGAUUAAACGAGUUGGUGGUGCUUAUGGAGCUAAAAGUAGUCAUUCUGCUCUUGUAGCAGCUGCUUGCACUCUAGCUGCUAGUAUCACUAGAAGGCCAGUGAGGUUGCAUAUGGACCUUGAAACUAACAUGAAAAUGAUUGGGAAAAGAUAUCCUUACUAUGCAAAAUACACUGUUGGUUGCAGUAAGGAAGGAAUAUUAAAUGGAAUAAAAAUUGACGUUUAUAGUAAUUCUGGUUGCACAGAUAAUGAAAGUUACUUGUCUUCUGUACUUCACUGUAUUGACAACACAUACAAGUGUCAAAACUGGUUAUUGAAUGGAACUUCAUGUAAGACCAAUACUCCCAGUAAUGUUUCUACAAGAGCUCCAGGUCGUCUUCCUGCUAUAUUCAUCAUUGGAUCUAUUAUGGAUAAUGUUGCUCGCACUAUUGGCAUGAGUGUUGAAAAAGUUAAAGAAGCAAACUUGUACAAGAAAGGAGACGUCUCAUAUGUUUCAAAUGAGCCUUUGACAUAUUGUAACAUUGGUGAGCUCUGGCAACAGAUAAGCACCUCUGCUGAUGUUGAAAAUAGGAGCAAACAAAUCUCAGACUAUAAUAAAGCUAACAGGUGGAGGAAAAGGGGAAUGUCUAUGGUUCCCUUAAGAUAUGGUAUAUACUUGGGUGGAUCUUACACAGUAAUGGUUAGUAUAUAUACUGGUGAUGGAUCUGUGUCUGUUGUACAUGGUGGGGUUGAAAUAGGACAAGGAAUAAACACAAAGGUUGCACAAGUCACUGCUAGUACUCUUGGUAUUCCAUUGAGUUUAGUUAAUGUUUUGCCUACCAAUUCAUUCACUAGUCCUAAUGGAGGUCCAACUGCAGGAAGCACAACCAGUGAAUUAAAUUGCUUGGGUGCUUUAAAUGCUUGUAAAUCACUUAAGGCAAGACUUGAUAAAGUGAAAGAGGAACUGAUAGCCAGUGGAGUCUCAGAUCCAAGCUGGCUUCAAAUUGUACAAAAAGCUUUUUCUAGUGGUGUUGAUCUUUCAGAGAAAUAUCAUUUGCAUGGAGUUUCUGACUAUUAUAAUUCGUAUGGAGUGACUGUGGCUGAAGUUGAAGUUGAUGUAUUAACUGGAGAAACUGAAAUAUUGAGAGUUGACAUUUUGUAUGAUUGUGGACAAAGCAUUAAUCCUGAGAUUGAUAUUGGACAAGUAGAAGGUGCCUUUGUCAUGGGGCUAGGUUAUUUCUUAACAGAGAAAGUUAUUUAUGAUACUGAUACUGGAGCUUUACUAACACACAACACAUGGGAAUACAAGCCACCUACUACUAAAGAUAUUCCAAUUGAUUUUAGAAUUGAGCUACUCAAGAAUGCACCAAAUCCUACUGGAGUGCUUGGCUCUAAAGCUGUUGGUGAGCCACCAUUGUGCAUGAGUAGUGCUGCUUUAUAUGCUGUAAAGAGAGCUAUUGAAAGUGCUAGACAUGAUGCUGGUGAAGACCAACCAUUUACUUUGUCUGCUCCAGCUACUGUUGAAGUAACCCAGCAAGCCUGUCUUGUUGAUUCAUCAAAAUUCGUAUUUUAGCUACGCUGUAGUAUGAACCUGUCUUUUGAACAUUAAUUUUAUUUUUAUUAUAUUUGUAAGCAAUAUCUGUAUGUGGUGGACUGGCUCCUUAUUUGUGUAUGUACAAAAAAUGGAAUUUAUUUCAUAGGGUUGCUUGCUUUGAUUUUUAUUUCUAAAAUUGCUGUGUAGAUAAUCACACAUGUAGUGAAA